AUGGAUCCCUACCAGUUUCUACAGAGCGAGGAAAGCAACGCCUGGCACAGAACUGUCAUGUUCGCGCCAGAAGUGUUGGAUGAAGUUAUGGCCCUGAAAUCUAUUUUUUGUAACCCUAAAGAGUUUUGCUUGGUGAAUCCGUCAUCAUUUGAUGUCCUUGAGAAAAUCUCAGGACCAAUUUCUUUCAAAAUUUCCGUCAAAUGUGUCGUAGGGCGAGACUUCUCAGAGGGAAACAGUCCUGUUUCAAUCGUUGUGGAAAUGACUGUUGUAAUUUCAGAUGAGUAUCCCCAAAAAUUGCCAGAAAUAUCACUAUCAUGCGCGGAAAUGUCGAAGAAAGACUUGAAUUCUUUGCGAAAAAAUCUAUUGGAGUUUGCAAACGAUAUUCGCCGUUCAAGUUCCGAGCCAAUGAUUAUGGAACUGGUUUUGUGGCUGCAAGAGAAUACUAAAGCUUUUUUAUGUUUUGACAACACAAGUGCAGCAUCACAGUGCACAAAUGGUAGCUACUGUGCAGAUAAAAUCAUGAUUUUACUCAAGAUAGACCACAUGCGGAGUAAAAAUCGUUACAUAAAAACCAUAACACGUUGGAUUAACGAGCUGAAUUUAACUGGAAGACUCUUCCUCUUAAAUGCUUUCAUCUUCCUUUUGCUGACUGGGGAUGCUAGUGAUGUCAAAGAAUAUUUACGAAAACAUAAAACUUGCAAUGUUCACGUUGACUCUUCUGGAAAACCAUGCAAGGAGAGAAUGAUGAAUGUCUUGGUGCAAGAACAAGCUCCACGCGAUUUGAGGUAAAAAUAUUAAAACAUGUACCACUUUAACAAGUGUUAUGCGAACAAUAUUCAGUGGGUCAGUAAGAGUGUUGAGCAAUGAAUCAAAACUGUGAGGUCUAUUUAAGAGAAAAAACUGUAUAUCAAGCAUUUUUCAUCAUCAAAUUUAAGAUAAUUUUGUUUAAUUAGAACCAAAAAGGUAUGAGACUGGUUUAAGGGGAAAGAAUGUUAUGAAAACUACACAAUUUUUUUGUUACCAUUAUAAAGUUUUAAUCAAAAUGUACAAAUUGUGUUUGAAUAUGCCACAAUUUUGAAAAGAGACAGUAACUUGCACACACAAAACUACAAUGCUUAUUUCUUAUACAGCUGCUACUGUUGUUAUGUACAAAAAGUCAUCAUUUGAGUCAAGAAUGCCUUUUUGUGUAACUCAUGAACAGAUUGACUAGAGAAGGAAAAAAGAGGAGUCAGUGAGACUUUUUAGGUAUCAUGUCAGCAUCCAGGUUGCAAAGCAAGAUUCAAAAUAGUGGAAUCAAUGGUAAAAUUUUUACCACAGUGGAAGAAAAUUUCUAAUUGCUUGGGUCGUUAUUUGGAAAGCAAGAUUCAAAUAGUGGGAUCAAUGGUGAAAACAAUGUCCAUUUAAUAACUCUAUAUAUUCAUACAUAUGGUACAGAUACAAGUUAAACUUUUUUCUGGAGCAUGCUUCUUCAUGAGGGAUAGACUGAAAGUUUAUAUUUAGACUGAUUUGUUAAAACAAACCCUCACAUUAUUCCUCCAAGUGACUGAUAUUCUGCUUCUCUUGACUUUCCCUCUCAUUGCCAUGGUAACAUUGGCCCACCCUUACUUACAGCCCACUACUCUUCAGUUAUAGAGCUAUAUAAUAAUCAUCACUAGUCAUAUUACCUUUCUUUUUAAAUUUGUAGGAUUUCUGACUUUGACAAAGAAGAAUGCAAAUCUGCCUCACAACUAAAAGAAAGAUUUAUGGAACUACAACUUGAGGAUCUUUUUAAGGAACACAUUAACCCUCUGCUUUAGGUAAUAUACCAAAGAAUUGAAACCUCUGAUGAAUAUUUUUUAAUUUAUACUACCCUUUGUAUGUGUAUGGUGGUCAUAAGGAUGUACGAGACCUUAAUAGAGGCAAGCCUUCUUUCUGUGGUAUGAGGUUAAUGUAUGCUAGGGUUAUUUCUCCUAAAAUUGGGGCCAUGAUGGCAAACAUAAUUCAGUAGUACCGACUUACACUCUGGGAAAGGGAACUACCAAGGAAAUUGUGAGUCACUGGCUGAAAGCUAUCAAUUUCCCAUGCUAAAAAAGGGGGACUGCCAGGUGAACCCUUAGAAUAAAGGGCUAACUGAUAAUGAGUUUUCACUAUUGAAGUUGUUCAAUAAUACUAAAAACCAUUUAAACAAAAGCAUCAAGAUAAAUACCUUUAUGGUAAAACUUAUCUAGGC